AUGAUUGGCCAAGGAGCAAGCAGGCGAGGCAGCCGCUUCUCCGUAGAAGCGCUUGAGAGAGCUGACUCCGCCAUGACACGCAGAUGCCGGGCGGAAGAGUGUUGGUCGCAAACUCAUCAUGUGCGACGCCUCGUUUCACCGAUCAAGCCCUGGUCAAACCCUGGUCACGGCACUCAUGACGCGCACUGCAUCAAUGUGCAACGGUCAUCCGCUAGAAGGGGGAGGAAGUUCGUCGGAAUCGAUCUUGGGAGAGUCGGGGAAGUGGCGGGGCCAUCGGGCGGCUUGCAUGGGCGAUGUCCGGAUGUCUCUAUGCGGCGACACUCGGUGAAAAUGGGUAGGCGUGCUUCGUUCAACGGAAAGCUUGACGCACGCUGGAUGAGGUUGGCGACGGCAGGAUCGUGA